UUUUAGCAGUUCCCAGUGCCACCUUCUGUGAUGUCAUCCCCCAGAGGAAGUUAUGCUCAGAAGAUGAGGCUGCCCAUUUAUACUCCAAAGGGACCACUAAAGGUGCCACCCCCAACAGAGAUAGACUGGCCUAAAGAUGAUGAAGAGGACCAUAUUGUCAUGGAUCCAAGCCAGGAGGUGGAUUCCCUGCCUCAGCCUUAUCGAAUGAUCAACAAGCUGGUGGACCUCCUGUUGGACCGGGCAUGGGGAGUCAUUGAAGAGAGGAAUGCACGGAGGGAAGGUGAGGGCAGGCGGAUCCAGCCCCCUGUCUACCCUCCACUUGGAAAAAUCCAGCUCAACAAACCACUAAAUUGUAUGGCUAUUUCCCAAGACUAUUUAUUUAUUGGAGGAACCAAAGGAUUCUCAAUUUAUAAUCUGGACACUGCUAAACAAAUAUGUGUUUGGGAGAAACUUAAGGUUGAUGUCACUUCCAUCUGGGCCACAGAUUUGGGGAGUGAAAUACUUAUUGCUCCUGUGGAUGAAAUGGGUAUCAUUAGACUGUUUUAUUUUUAUAAGGAUGGUCUUUUCCUAAUCAAAGCCAUCAAUGAAGUGGAUGAUGCCAGCAAGCAAACCACCUGUGUAAAGAUGAAGAUCUCUCAGGGAGGGAACUUUGCAGCCUUCCUCCUGCAAGGAGCUGGAGAUGUUUGGCUGGAUGUGUAUAAAUUGCCCAAGGAGUCUUGGCUCAGGGAAAUGGAGCACCCCCAACUCACUUUAAAUCCAAAGAAAAAGGGCAAACAGCCGCAACUGAACACUCCUGAUUCCAUUUCUACAGAUCAUUUAGAUAUGGAUACAAAUGUUUGUUUUAAAGGAGACAUCAAGUUGAGUCUUCCAGUUCAAAUCAUGAAAAUCAAAUCACCUAAACCUAUUACAGGCACCACAUUUAAAAGCCCCCUGGAAGUCUUUGCAAAGAUAGAGGACUGUUGCGGGCUGGGCUCUGGGCAGCAUCACUUCAUCAAGGACAGUCAGUGGGAGCAGCAAAUGGCGAUCUUCAAAGCUUCUUACAAGAAGUACUUGGACAGAGAGUGGGAGGAGGAGCCGCUCAGUGUGGCCACCUUCCAUUUCCUCCUUCCCAGCUGUGUAAUUGCAAUGCCAACGGAAAUCAAGAGCCCCCCAGGAGUAGCCUGUGUCCUCGGCAUACACUGGACCAGAAGCCACAAUUUCUUCCUCUAUUCACUGAACCGCUCUCUGAAGGAUAAAGUUGACCCCGAGAGCGUGUGGCCCUGUGCUGCACCCAUUACAGUCUCUCAGCUCAGCUGCUCUUCUGCCUACCUCGUGCUGGCCUGCGGGGAUGGUGUGCUCACGCUGUGGGACCUGACCGAAGGAUUCCCCCUUGGGGUCAUUGCUCUUCCUGAGGGAUGUUUCUGCCAAAGUAUUCACUUCCUAAAAUACUUCCUGGUCCACGAAGGACAGAAUAUGUAUCCUGAGGGUCCAGUGAAAUCCCAGAUGAAAUGUGUGGUGCUGUGCACAGACGCUUCCCUCCAUCUGGUGGAAGCCAGAGGGACCCAAGGACCCACCGUCACUGUGCUUGUUGAGAGGCCCGUAAAGCACCUGGAUGAAGCCGUCUGUGCCGUGUGCCCGCUGCCAGCCUUACCUGGCAUGGUGCUCAUCUUUUUCAAGAAUGGCUCCAUGCGUCUCAUGGAUGUGGCCAAGGUGAAAACCAUCUGUGCCUUUGCUGCCCCCAGCCCCUUCCACCCAGGGGCCCCCUGGAGGCCGGUGUUUGUCGUACCUUUACACCGUCCGUGUUUCCUGCUCCAAGGAGGCCAUUCACAUGAAACGGAACCUACCGAUGACGAUGCCAGAAUCCAAAAUUCUGUUUUUUGUUUUAAUUUUGAGGACUACCCACUCCUGAAAAAUAUCUCAAGAAAUCGCAGCAUUCCUCAAAGGGCCUUGGCAGACAACAAGGCCUUCCCCCAGGCACUGCCCCUGGAGAAAAGGUGUGAGCGCCUGCUCCAGGAGAGCUUUCAGAAGCUGGAGAAGAUCCCGGGGAAAGAGCAGGACCACUGGACUCGGCUCCGGAGGUACUCCCUGCUGCUCCAGAGAGAGAGCCUCAAGAAGUGAGCUCCCACCACUAGGGUCCCUGAAAAGGAUUCAGUCACCAAGCAGCCACUCUCAGGACACCCUAAGACAAAGAGACACCGAGGAAGAGCCACAGCUUGGGGCCUGGACUUGCAGUCUGGGAUCUCUGCAGAGCCAGCAAGGGGAAAGUUAUCUUUUGGGGACCCUGAACCACUAAACCUCUUGUCAGAGCCCUCGGGUGGGCUGAUGUGUCGCCAAAUAAACAGCAAUAUCGUUCCCAGACUCCCAA